AUCUCUAUUACAAUACGACAGCAAGAAGAAGAGAUCUUGCGAAAAUUCGCUUUUCUUCCGAUUUUUCAUUGAUUAAACAAAUCGCAGAGUAACAACAACAUCGUGGAAAAUGUCGCUUUUUCGCAAACCGAAGAAAAUUCAGCGACGCGUGUUCUCCAGCAACGCUGACGAAGAGGAGGACGGCGCAUCCUUGGAUCCGGACGCCGAAAUGGAGGCGCCACCGCCUCCCAUAAUUUCGGGCAAGAGGGAGAAAGAGAAGAGCCGGAAGGCCAUAAAGCCGCAGGAGGACAACAGCAAGCCAAAGGCGCUGCUCAGCUUCGCAGAUGAUGAGGAUGACGGCGAGGUGUUCCAGGUGCGAAAGUCGUCGCAUAGCAAGAAAGUGAUGCGCAUGCUGGACAAGGAACGCCGCAAGAAGAAGCGCGAGGAACGGGCGGAAAACAGCGGACAUCCCGGGGGCGAAAAUGGUAGUACACAGCAUUUAGAGUCGUCCGGUGGCCCAUCAUCGGGUCCCCCGAAUUCCAACUCGAAUCCUGCCAAUGCUGGCAGAUAUAAAAGUGCCAGCGAUCAGAGUAAAAGUAAAAAAAGUGAUAAUCAUAUGAUCCAAACCGAAAUACGCACAGACGACUUUGUGCUAGUGGUAAAGAAAUCUGAGACUCCCGAGGCAAUUCUGAACGGUAGAGCUGCCCUUUGCGCUGGACGGGAGGAUAUGAGCGAUGAAGAAGACCAGCAAUCCGAGGAUGGUGGCCAUGACAAAACGCGUCACCGUUUCUCCAAGCCAGAACAUUUGAAACAGAUGCUCGAAAGUGGUUCCAUUCCGGAUGCAGCAAUGAUACACGCUGCCCGAAAACGUCGGCAAAGGGCUAGAGAACAGGGUGCAGGCGACUAUAUACCUAUUGAGGAGCCCAAGGAGCCGGCCAAGCUAAGCAACCGUCUGCCCUGCGAAGAUGUUGAGGGUGAUCAGUCGGAUGAUGAAGAACGCAUGGACAUGAACGAUAUUACGGGACGCAAAGAGCGUGAAGAGCGGCGCGAGCAAUUUUAUGCUGUCGAAAAUGAUUGUAUGUAGAGGGACCAAGUCCGAUUUGUGACCAGAGCCAGGCUAAUUACAGGUGAAGUUUUUAGACUAUUGUUAACCUUUGCUCACUCCUCUGCAGCCACCGACGGAGAUUCAGAUCGCGAGAUGAACGAGUGGGAAAACCAGCAGAUCCGCAAGGGUGUUACGGCAGCCCAGUUGGUCCAUUCUCAGCAUGAAACAGUGCUCUCCCGUUUUAUGAUCAAGCCUGCCCCGUCGGGCAUCGGAACCGGCAUGGACGACGGAGAUUCAACAGCGGCACAGUCCACGUCCACUCUGCUGGAGCAGGCCUAUGCUAAAAAUGCCCUUGAGCGCACCAACUUAGCCGCAGCAGUUCGAUCAUCCGUCAAAACCAAGAAGGAAAAGGCCAAGGCUACAGCAUUGCGAACUCCUCAGGAAAUCCUAGCUGCCAUUCAAUCGCGUCUUAGCGAGCUUAAAGAGCGGUCGGCUGAUCACAGCGCUAGUAUGGCCAGGAUUAGUACAGAACUAAAGGCAUUAAAGCUCCAGCAGUUAGAGUGCCAGCAGAAUGCACCGACAGCGGCCGCAAAGUACAAGUUUUACCAAGAAAUAAAGUGCUAUGUGAAUGACCUUGUCGAUUGCCUCUCGGAAAAAGCGCCAGUAAUAUACGAUCUUGAGAAGCGUGCACUGCAACAGUAUGGCAAAAAUCAACGUUAUUUGGUAAACAGACGGAGGCAGGAUGUACGUGAUCAGGCCAAAGAAAUCGCCGAAUCAGCAAAACCUAUAACAGCUGCCUCCCGCCGAACACCUGAUUAUGAAGAACAAGUUCGCCGCGCAGCGGAACGGGAGGGUCGGAGGACACGUCGCCGAUGCGAGCGCGAGCGCAAUGAUCUGCUCUCGUCCCACCUGGAUGGCAUGUCAAGCGACGAUGAAAUUGCCGAUCAACAGCAGGAACUGAGUGUGACUACGAUGGCGCAGAUAGAAUCACAGUCGGUGGACGCCCUUGAAGACGUUACCGACGACUUUAGCAAGAUCGAGCUAAUACUAAUGAAGUUUUUUGCCUGGCGUAAAACUGACAUGUCGUCAUACCAGGACGCAUUUGUUAGCCUGUGCCUUCCAAAAGUCUUGGCUCCGCUGGUGCGACACGAACUUGUUCUUUGGUCGCCACUGCUGGACGUGUAUGCGGAUAUAGAAAAUAUGCGUUGGUAUCAGGCCUGCAUGCUUUAUGCCUCCCAGGCAGAUGAAACCGUGGAGCAGCUGAAAAUCGAUCCGGAUAUCAAUCUGGUGCCGGCGCUCAUCGAAAAGAUUGUGCUGCCCAAGGUGACUGCUCUGGUCACAGAAUGCUGGGAUCCAUUAUCUACCACACAGACCCUGAGAUUGGUUGGGUUCAUCAAUCGAUUAGGUCGCGAGUUUCCCUUGAGCGGCACAAAUAAGCAGCUUAACAAACUGUUUGAAUCCAUCAUGGAACGCAUGCGGUUAGCCCUAGAAAAUGAUGUAUUUAUACCCAUUUUUCCAAAGCAAGUGCAAGAGGCGAAGACCUCAUUCUUUCAGAGGCAGUUUUGCAGUGGUCUAAAGCUGUUUCGAAAUUUCCUAAGCUGGCAGGGCAUCCUGGCUGAUAAGCUACUGCGUGAGCUGGCGAUUGGAGCCCUUCUGAAUCGUUACCUGUUAUUAGCUAUGCGAGUCUGCACGCCAAACGAUGCCAUAAACAAAGCUUACAUCAUUGUAAAUACCCUGCCUACAGUCUGGUUGUUACCGAACAGCGAGACCCUCAAGAACAUGGAACUUUUUAUAGGAUAUAUUAAACAAACAUUAGAGAACUGUGAUGCAAGCAAUCCAAUCUUUAUGCAAUCCAGCGAUAAAGCCAAGCAAAUACUUCAAAGACUACAUAGUUUAUAAAGUGUAGGGACAAACAUCGCUCACAUCAAUCCUAACAAUCAAAUACUCGUUAUAAAGAAAUGCACAACUUAUAUCGGUCUGUUAGAAAAUAUUGUAUAUAAGUAGCUUCGUAAGAGAUUUAUUUAAUUCAAGCUUGAGCUUAACAAACUAAAUGGAGAACAGCCCUUCCAAACUAAUCAAUUUUAAAUCGUUUUUCCAACAACCCAAACCUUCGAAAGUGAUAAAGCUAGGAACUCUGUUUAAGGCUCAUCGUUUUGUAACUUCAUGCAUAGCAGUAAUAAAAACAAUUUAUAAACUAUG